CGCAGUGUAAUUAUCGCUACAAAUUUAUAUCAAUAAAAUGGCAAGGCCAAAUUUCAACAACAACGAACGCAUGUUGACAACAACUUUUAACACAACAACAAAAAACAAAAAUAUGUCUUCAAGCUCUGCAACAAAUCAACGGACUACGAGUAAUCGGUGGAUGAAGCACAACAACUCAAGCUGCAACACAAUUAAUAAGAUCAAAUGCAGUCAGCGCCAACACAGUGAUCAUUCAUGUUCCACAACAAUCCACAAAUGCUUGUGCCCACAGCGUAGCAUUGCCUACUUAGCGGCGCACAAAGUUCAAUGCAUAACAUUAGUGCUACAGAGCGUGUUCAUCGCAUUACUUUGCUUGGCGUUAAUACAGCCGACAUAUGCGCGUUCCGCAAAGCCACAUCGAGCAGCGAAAACAGCAUUAGUGGCAACGCCGCCAAUAGCGGAAUCGCUGGUUGGCAACGCGGCCGCAUCCGGUACUUUUUUGAACUCUUCGAAUAUUAUGAUGUCGGCAAACGAGAGAAAUUCGCUCGAUUUAGGCGCCACAACUAAACUCGCCACACCUGUGGUGGAGAACCGACGCGCGCUAAAGCUCGUACAAUUCAAUAAUAUGUCAGUCGUGUGUAAUGAUGGCUCGCGCGCUGGUUUCUAUUUGCGCAAAAAUCCCAAUUCAAAGAAAUGGAUUGUGUUCCUGGAGGGCGGUUGGCAUUGUUUUGAUGCGCGCUCAUGUCGUGCGCGUUGGUUGCGGCUGCGCCACUUGAUGACGUCGACGCAGUGGCCCGAGAAACGUGAUGUUGGUGGCAUACUCUCACCUUUACCGGAAGAGAAUCCCUAUUGGCAUAGUGCAAAUCAUGUACUCGUGCCCUACUGCAGCAGCGAUUCGUGGUCGGGUACACGCGACACUAUCGACGAGAACGCGAAGUUUCGCUUUAUGGGUGCUGUAAUCUUACGCAACGUCAUCGCCGAACUAAUACCACUCGGCUUAGGACGUAUACCGGGUGCGGAAUUGUUGCUAGUCGGUUCGUCGGCAGGCGGUCUUGGUGUUAUGCUGAACUUAGAUCGCAUAACCAAUUAUCUGCAACAGGAACGCAAACUCAUGGUGACUGUGCGUGGUGUAAGCGACUCGGGUUGGUUUCUCGAUCGUGAACCCUACACACCAGCUACAGUCGGCUCCAGUGAGGCGGUGCGUCAAGGUUGGAAGAUGUGGCAAGGAUCGCUGCCGGAAGCUUGCGUUGAACAAUAUCAAGCAGAGCCUUGGCGUUGUUAUUUCGGUUACCGACUGUAUCCAACGCUAAAAGCACCACUCUUCGUCUUUCAAUGGCUGUUCGAUGAAGCACAAAUGCGCGCCGAUAAUGUAGGCGCACCAGUUACGCCCCAACAGUGGAACUACAUACAUGAAAUGGGCGGCGCGCUACGUUCCUCCUUAGACAACGUCACGGGCGUAUUCGCGCCCUCUUGCAUCGGCCAUGCUGUGCUCUCCAAACGCGAUUGGAUCAAUAUUAAAAUCGAUGACAUCUCUUUACCAUCGGCUCUCCGUUGCUGGGAGCAUUCGACACGUCCACGCCGCAGACGACACAACAUCGCUAAACAAAACCAUUUGGAGCACACCGAACAAAAGCGCCAUCGCUCCAACAACGAACAUCAAAGAAUCCCGCAUAAGAACCGUAUACCCAAACAACACAAAGGGAAGAAAGAUAACAACAACUACGAGCCACAAAAUGGUACACGUCCCCGCUUAAGUAAAGCCGAGCGUGAAGAAAGACGGCGACUACGUCACGAACGUCAACAGCGGCGUCAACGUAAACUACAACAACAACGCAACAAGAACAAACAACGCAAUCGUCACGAGCGUCGACGUAACGAAGCAGAACGCAAACGUAACAACAAUUUGCCACCCAACGACAACGCCACCGCAUUAUACGAACAACAUCCCAACAAAAAACAACGUCAACAUAACAAACCGAAAGCAAAUGGUGUUGAGCGUAAACACCGACCGGGCCACAAGUCACGUAAGGAACGUAAAGAGCAACGUCAACAACAACAACUGAAGCUACAAAACAGCGGCAAAUUCGAACGACAACAUGAGCUGCAGCACGACGAACAAGCCAUCGAGACGACAACCCAAUUUGACCUACAAAAAAGACACAUGCGCCGCAAUCGUGUGCCGCGCGUGCCCGAGAAAUGCGCGCUACGCCUGCUCGAGCGCUGCAGUUGGCCGCAAUGCAAUCACUCCUGCCCGAUGGUCACGAAUCCGCUGACCGGCGAAGAGAUGCGCUUCCUCGAGCUGCUCACCUCUUUCGGUCUGGACAUCGAAGCCGUUGCCGCGGCAUUGGGCAUUGACAUGCAGACCCUGAGCAAUAUGGAUCGCACCGAGCUGAUUAAUCUGCUGACGCAACAGGCGAGCUGAUCGUCGGUGUAAAUACAAGUGCUUGUUUGUACGUGUGUGUAUGUGUGUGUGUGUGUGGCAGUGUAUGUGUGCUUGUGUAUUCAUAAAUUAUUUGUAAAUAUUAGUUGCUUAAGUCGUAAAUAGUUCAAAGUUCAAAUUAAUAACGUAAGUGUUGUAUGAGCUCUAAAGAUAGAUAUACAUACAUAUGCAUUUCAUAUAUUAUAUAUUGAAAAUCGUUUUCUGCUUCCAACUGUAAGUUGUGUUUUAUAGUAUUUUUGUAUUUUUGGUAAUUACUUAAAGACAAAUAUUGUACCCAGUUGUUAGGAAAAGCUAAUUUAUUGUUUUUGUUGUAAGCGAUUUUAGUUUAAUUUCAGUUAUAUGCAUAAGUUUUAAGCCAAAAUGAGUAAACAGAAAUAUUCGCAAAAAAACAUAACAAAGCAAUGAGUGAGUUCGAGAGCCAGAGAGUUUAUGAGCGCUUAUCACAUGUAUAGAGAAGAGAAAAUUGUAUU